GAGUGCGCUUGAGGGAGCGAACGCGGGGGCCGACAGUCUCCAAUUAGGGGCAGGCCUUCGGGGCUCAAGCUUCGCCUCCUUCCCGACCCCCGGCGUCCCUAAGCAGUUCCGGGGGUUUUACUGCCGCGGCUCCGGUUCGCCGGUGUCCCGCACCAUGGACUUGCCUGGAGUUGGGACUGGCCUCGGCAGCAGCGUGCGGGUGGCUGCUCGACCCUGGGGUUGCGCGGGCUCGCCAGCGGUGACGUCGCGGUAGGAUGGACGUCCAGCGCGACCCCCGCCGCCCCAACCUAGCGGCCCCCGGGCGGUGUCGCUGACUCGUCGGAGUGCCCCAGGGUGGGCGGAGGCAACCCCGCCGCACCCGCGCCUUCGCGAGUUGCUCUGCCUCUUCAAUCCACUCGCACCUGCCACCGCUCCGAUACUAUGUCGAAAGCGGCCGGCGGCGCAGCGGCGGCGGGGACUGCAGGGGAAAGUUGUCCGCCGGCCUCGGCCGGCUCUACCGCGGCUGCAGCCGUGGAGGACCUGUCCAAGGUGUCGGACGAGGAGCUGCUGCAAUGGAGCAAGGAGGAGCUGAUCCGCAGCCUGCGGCGCGCAGAGGCGGAGAAGGUGAGCGCGAUGCUGGACCACAGCAACCUCAUCCGCGAGGUGAACCGCCGCUUGCAGCUGCACCUCGGCGAGAUCCGCGGGCUCAAGGAUAUCAACCAGAAACUCCAGGAGGACAACCAGGAGCUGAGGGACCUCUGCUGCUUCUUGGAUGAUGACCGACAGAAAGGCAAGAGGGUGUCCCGUGAGUGGCAGAGGCUGGGCCGCUACACGGCUGGGGUGAUGCACAAGGAAGUGGCCUUAUACCUGCAGAAGUUGAAGGAGCUGGAGGUGAAGCAGGAGGAGGUAGUGAAGGAGAACAUGGAGCUCAAGGAGCUCUGCGUGCUGCUGGACGAGGAGAAGGGCACGGGCUGCGCCGGCAGCCGCUGCUCCAUCGACAGCCAGGCCAGCCUGUGCCAGCUGGCCGCCUCUGCUGCGCCCUCGGUGCGGGAUGUGGGUGAUGGCAGCAGCACGUCCAGUGCAGGCAGCACGGACAGCCCCGACCACCACAAGCACCAUGCUAGCAGCAGCAGCCCUGAGCAUCUGCAGAAACCGCGGGGUGAGGGCAGCCCCGAGCACUCCAAGCACAGAAGCUCCAGCCCUGAGCACCUGCAGAAACCCAGGGGCCCUGGGACACCAGAUCACUCUAAAGCACUAAAGGGACCUAGCCCUGAGCACCACAAACCCUUGUGCAAGGGCAGCCCAGAACAGCAAAGGCACCCACACCCGGGAGGCAGCCCCGAGACGCUGCCCAAGCACGUGCUGAGUGGGAGCCCAGAACACUUCCAGAAACACAGGCCGGGGGGCAGUCCGGAACAUGCCCGACACAGCGGAGGGAGCCCCGAGCAUCUUCAGAAACACGCCCUUGGCGGAAGCCUGGAACAUCUACCUAGAGUCAGGGGCACCAGUCCCGAGCACCUCAAACAGCAUUAUGGGGGGAGCCCUGAUCACAAACACGGAGGAGGUGGCGGCGGUGGCGGCAGCAGGGAGGGCACCCUCAGACGGCAGUCACAGGAGGACGUGUCACCCCAUCACCGGAAUGUCUACAGCGGCAUGAACGGUGGGUUGUGUGGAGGAAACUUGGAGAUGCUGCAGGCUCCUGUCCUGGAAUUAGGCAACAUUUAUCAGGAAACCAGUAUAAAGGACCAAUGUGAAAAGCACUCUUUCAAACACGACAUCACUGCCAGACAGCAAAGAAAAGAAGAAAAAGCCAAGAAUGGGUUCCAGCAAGCCUGGACUCAUAGGAUAACGUGGAGUGUUUGUACAUUGCACGUAUUUCUCCUAUUAUCAUAUUUAAUAUAACUUCUCUCUAACAGCUCAUGUUCUAUGUAUUUCAUUUCAGUGUCCACAAGAGUCAAUCUCCAGCAAGGUAUCUUUGAAAAUUUACCAUUUUGGUACCAUUGUGUUCAAUAGAUCUAAGGCAUUUCUAACUCCCCAGGAUUCAGAGAAUAAGGCAACAUGCAUGGUAGAAGAGUCUUGAUAGAACCUUAGUGGUCUCAAUAGAGUUGGCUUAUUGCGUACACUUAGGGAAUUUUCUCCCAUGUUUGUUGAAGACAUGAAGAGGUAUUUUUCAACUUCCCAAGUUUGAGAGUUGGGCAACUACCUCUGUAAUUCAGUCAGAGUGUCCGUUUAUAAUCCAUAAUUCAUUUAGAUGGUUUCUGGGGUUUAAUUUUUUUUUGAGGUGCUAAAAAUGGUACAUAUACUUUCUUACCAGCUAGAUUACCAAGAGUUUGUAAAGUGCUUAUCAGAGUACCGUUUCAAAUGAGUGAUUUUUUAAAACUGCUCAAAAAUACAUAUCAUGGGGGAAAUUCUGAACAUAUAUAUUCACUAAGUAUAUCCAUUGAUGUGAAUGUUAACAAUUUCAACUAAAAACAAAACAUAGCUUUUCUGAGUGUUUUGAGCUGUGAGGUGUCCAUUUCUAUAUUUAGUUUCUAGACAGCUAUAUUUAAACUUUAUGUGAACUUUAAAAUAUUGCACUGCAUUUAUUGAACAGCUUUCAUUGCCUACUACAGCUAACAUUUUAUGAAAUCUCCGCAUGUUUUUCAUAAUUGAAACUAAAAGCUCUUGUUCAGGUUGCUUGAGGUUUCAAAAAGAGGUGUGCUAGCUUUGUUUUUAGUUUUUGGUAUAUAUACAUAUAAUAUUAGGAUGUGUGUAUUGGAAACGCUAUGGAAUUUGUGUUUAUCUAAAUGCAAUGAUAGUUUCUUGUAUGAAUGUGCAAGAGGCCUGUGACAGAAUGCUACAUUUUUUUACUGUAGUUUAAGAUUAUAAAAGUAGGAAUGCAACAGUUCCCAGUUUUUAUUAUAUACCGAGUUACUGAAAUUUUAUUCAUAAUAGAUGUUAUGUGCUUUUUAAAUGGGUUCAUUAUGCAGUGUAUUAAUUGUCCUUGCUGGGGGAAUGUAAAGACAUUUUGUAAUACUUUAAAAACAGGUUAUAACCCACGUCUUUAUUUUCAGAAACUAUUUAUGCAUUAAUUUACUAUAGAAUUAUUUCUAUAAUUAUAAUUGGGUUACAAUUCAAGCCAGUCAUUCUUUAAAAUAUUAUAUUUUAAAGUAUUACUCUGAAAGGGGAAAUUGCUUACUAUAUUUACACCUUCUUAUAAAAGAGCUUUUGUCCUUAAAUUGUUGCAUUCCUACAUGCUGAAGAAUUUAAAACAAGUUGUUAUGCCUGCAGCAGAGCCUGUAGAAUCUAACACGAGACACUGGUCUUUUGACAAUAUACAUGUGUAAAUUUUGAUACUGUAUUAAAACUAUUUUUUUAAAGUUCUACAUAAAAUUGAGUAUCAAGUAUAUGUGUUCAUCAUAGCAAUGGUAAUAAAUUAUUUAAUCACACUA